UUUAGAUUUUGAGUGUGACGUCACAGCUACUUAUUCAUCAUGAAGCUCAUUAUUUUUCUGUGUCUUACUGGUCUUCUUCCAGUCUCUGCAUUCAUCCAACAAACCGUCCCUCGUAAAUAUGACCUGAUCCUAAAAACAAUAACAUGGCCUGAUGCGCAGAAAUACUGCAGGGUGAUGUACAAUGACCUGGCAACAAUGCUAAGUGAUACCGAUUGGCUAAGAUUAAAGACAGAAACAACAAGAAAAGGUCUGACAACAUCCGCCUGGACCGGAUUGUAUAAGGACAUCUAUAACUGGCGCUGGUCUUUAAACAACCUUCCACUGAAAAAUGUCAAUUUUACUGAUUGGUAUCCUGGACAGCCUGAUAAUUACUAUGGAAAUGAAGCAUGUGUUAUAAUAGCUGCAUAUCAACAAUGGUAUGAUGUUCAAUGUAAUCUGAUUAGACCGUUUAUAUGCUAUGAUGCCAGAUUCAGUGACUCUAACAAGUUCAUCGGCAUCUCUAGUCCUCAGAUGAGCUGGCCUGAUGCUCGGACUUACUGCAGAACAAAUCACACAGCCUUGGCCAGCUCUCUUAACAGCUUGGAUGAUGCCAUUUUAGACCAAAUAAAGAUUAACCAGGGUGAUUCCUGGAUUGGUCUAACCAGAAAUGUGGACAUCUGGAAGAGGUCAGACGGGACCAAGGCUUUAAACCCAUGGUAUCCUGGACAACCUGAUAAUUAUUAUGGCAGUGAGAACUGUGCAGUUCUUUAUAAUAACAUGUUCUACGAUGAACAAUGCACCUACCUGCAUUAUUUUGUCUGUCAAACCCGUGAGUACUUAUUUCAAUUCUAUGUGCUAAUAGACUAA